GGACCAAAUUGUUUAAUCGCAAAACUAUGGUAACCAAAUUAAGAAGAAUGCAGAUUCUUUGGGUGAGAAUUGAGAAGAAUACAUUUUCAUUACGUCGACGACGCCAAGCAAGUCUUUUCGCAGGAACAUUUUCUGAAUGGAUUCUCGGAAUUUUCUCUCAUUUUCCCUCUGCCUUAUCCUGAUCUUCCCUCUGGUUUCAUCUGCUUCUAUCCGCUUCCUCCCUCGAUUGAGUAAUAAUAGAGAUGGGUCUGUGAUUAAGCAGAAAAGGAGUUCUUCCUCUCUAAAUUUUGAUCCAAGUCGUGUCACUCAGCUCUCUUGGACCCCUAGGGUCUUUUUAUACAAGGGACUUUUAACAGAUGAGGAAUGUGAUCACUUUAUCAGCUUGGCGAAAGGAAAGCUUGAGAAGUCAAUGGUUGCGGAUAAUGAUUCAGGUGAGAGCGUAGAAAGUGAAGUACGCACAAGUUCUGGAAUGUUUCUGUCCAAAAGACAGGAUGAUGUGGUAGCUAAUGUCGAAUCAAAGCUUGCUGCGUGGACCUUUCUCCCUGAGGAAAAUGGGGAAUCCAUGCAGAUACUUCACUAUGAGAACGGUCAGAAAUAUGAACCGCACUUUGACUACUUUCACGACCAGGUGAACUUACAGCUCGGUGGUCAUCGGAUCGCCACAGUGUUGAUGUACUUGUCCAAUGUCGAAAAGGGCGGUGAAACAGUGUUUCCCAUGUGGAAGGGUGAAACAGUUCAACCUAAAGACGAUAGCUGGACCGAAUGUGCAAAACAGGGCUAUGCAGUGAAACCGAGGAAAGGGGACGCAUUGCUCUUCUUCAAUCUUCAUCCGAAUGCAACCACAGAUCCGAGCAGCUUACAUGGAAGCUGUCCAGUGGUUGAAGGAGAGAAAUGGUCAGCAACAAGAUGGAUUCACGUUAAGUCAUUCGACAAACCGAUUCUGAGGACAUAUGGGUGCGUGGACGAGAACGAGAGCUGCCCAAAAUGGGCAGAAGCAGGGGAAUGCGUGAGGAAUCCAGCGUACAUGGUGGGUUCAGAAACAGACCGUGGAUACUGCAGAAAGAGUUGCAAAGCGUGUUCUUCUUAAGACCUACUGAAAUAAAAAAAAACUCUUAUUAAAAAGGUCAAAUUUUUUGUAUAGCCCAUUCUGGGUAAGGUCAAUAGAAGGAAAAAAUAUAGAACAAGACUACAAAAUAAUCCUGAUCCUUAUGUUUUCAUGUUCAGUUAUGUUUCCCUAUGGGUUUAUAAUUAGAGCAAACACUUAAUAAUAAAUAAGUUCAGUUUAUUUUAAUGGUCAGCAACACUCAAGCAAGCAAUACAUGAUAACUGAAUUAUGUAUUAAUGUAGUGUAC